CCCCGGUAUAAAUUCACGUGAUUAGCACAAUGCCGAUUCAGUAAUCCAGAAACUACUGACGAUUAGAGUAUGUUGCAUUUUAAGGCGUUGAUUUUGUUGCCUCUGGCGAUGGCGAUAGCUACCGAGUCAUCAACCCAAAAUGGAAAAACGAAACGUGGACUUGAGCUCGGCGAUCACUUGGAUUUCGGUGACUUCGGGGGUCACGGACUAGGUCACGGGCUAGGUCACGGGCUAGGACAUGGCCUAGGUCACGGAUUAAGUCAAGGACUGGGUCAAGGACUGGGUCAUGGACUGGAAGGUGGUCAACUUGGUGGUCUGGAGAAUUCCCUGUCUGGUGGUGACAGCGGACACAUCUCAUCGAUCACGAUUCACCGAGAGGUUCCUGUACCCGUGCCAGCGCCAUACCCUGUUGAAAAACACGUGCCAGUGCCAGUGGCCGUUCCCGUCAAAGUUCCCAUCGACAGACCAGUGCCCUAUCACGUCCCUGCCCCCUAUCCAGUCCCAGUGGAAAAACACAUACCUGUACCAGUGGAAAAACCCGUGCCCUACCCCGUCAAGGUACCAGUCAAAGUUCCCUACGAGGUACCGUACCCCGUUCACGUUCCCGUCAAGGUACCCUAUCCCGUUCACAAGGAGGUACCCUACCCCGUGAAGGUGCCGUACGUUGUCAAGGAGUCUUACCCGGUGUACGUCCAUGCCCAUGAGGAACACCACGGAGGGUACGCCUCCAGCUUCGGCUACGGCGGCCACGACUUCGGUGGCUUCAGCCAUCACUAGAUGUUUUUUUUUUAACUUUAGAUUAAGGAAAUUAUUGUAAAAAAUGGGAGUUGUUGAUUUGUGUAGAUACGUCUCACUCAUUAUUUUUUUGACACAGAAAAUCUGAUGUAUUUUUGUUUAAUGCAUUGAUUUUUCUCAACUAGAGGAAUUUACUCCAAUUUUUUUUGGAAAAUAAACUGAUUUUUUCCAAAAAAAAAUUCUCGUUAUUAAAUUACCGAGGUAUCCCUGUCAAAGGCAUUUUAAUUCUGACAAAUCAUCACGCCACCAAGUGAUACGGAAAUAUAUUCUGAAUCUCAUCUAUUACCUAGAAA